ACACAUGCCACUCCUUUAUUAUUUCUUAUCUUUUCCACCAAGAAAUGAAGAGAUGACAGAUUAUAAAAGUCAACACUUUCAAUUUCUCUUUCUUCUUCUUGGAAAUGCAGGAGAUUCUGAAAAACAAGACCCAUAUGCUUUAAUGAUUGGCCAAAACACACGGAGAGGGAAGGACCAGAUUCAGAAGAGUGCAUAAAUCCUGACCAACUGCCUCCAUCCUGCUGCUUUUCCACAGAAGCAGAGGUGGGUUGCAAGUGAAGAGACUGAAGCACACAGGAGCAUGGUUCCUGCAGCUGAACCACAGUGAACGCAGACACCAGACGCAGGAUAAUCUGGGCCAUUUUUCAACACAGCCAUGGGUCAAUCCUCCUCUGAUACAGCUAAGGAUGAAGACUAUGGAUAUCUGGAGUCCAGUUUCACGGCAUAUUGUAAGAAGGUUAAGACAGAAAAAAUCAUUUCUGAGGAAACCAUCCGUUUAAUAGAAUAUCAGCUGAAAAAGGGAAACAUUCUGGGGGCAAACUCAGUAAUCAGUGAUGCAUUGAAAAAUAUUGAUAGUGCCCCAAUAAACAUUGCUGUGACAGGAGAGCCUGGGGCAGGGAAGUCCAGCUUCAUCAAUGCCCUGAGGGGAGGUGGGACUGAGGACAAAGGUGCAACUCAAGUUGGAGUAGUAGAGACAACUAUGAAGAGAACUCCAUACAAACACCCCAACACUAAAACUUUGACUCUAUGGGACCUGCCUGGCAUUGGAACUAUCGGGUUUCCGCCAAAGGAUUAUCUGGAGAAAGUGCAAUUCCAAGAGUAUGACUUCUUCAUUAUUGUUUCUGCCACAAGUUUUACAAAACUUGAACUAGAACUUGCCAAAGCAAUCAGCUUAAUGGAAAAGAAUUACUACUUUGUGAGAACCAAGGUGGACGUUGAUUUAGAAAACCAAAAGAAAUUUAAGCCAUGUAUGUUUGACAAAGAAAAGAUCCUGGAGGAGAUGCGAAUCUCCUAUGUGGAUAAAUUUAGUCAGAAUAACAUGGAUGCACCACAGAUCUUCUUGAUUUCUAACCAUUAUUUAUCUGACUAUGAUUUUCCAUGCCUGAUGGACACCCUGAUAAAGGAUCUUCCUGCUCAAAAGCACCACAAAUUUACACUUUCCAUGAAUAAUAUUACAGAGGAAAUCAUUGACAGAAUGCGCAAGUCCAUACAGAAGACUAUCUGGCUGGAAGCCUUCAAGGAUGGAUCUCUGGCUGUGCUCCCUUUCGUGGGCUUCUUCAGGGAUGAUGUGGAGAAUCUGAAGGUGAAGCUAAACCACUAUCGAGUCCUCUUUGGAGUGGAUGAUGAAUCCCUGAGAGUCAUGUCUAAGAAAUCCCAAGUGCCUGUUCAACAACUGAAAAAAGUAAUUAAGUCUCCUUAUUUGUUGGAAACUAAGAAAGAAGAAACAUUAGGAGAAAUGUUGUGGGGAUAUAUCAAGAAAUUACGCUUUGCUACGGGUGGGCUCCAUAGUGUAGAUUUUUAUGCUAGGAAAACCUUUUCCUUGCAUCAUCUCUUCCUUGACACAGUGACAGAAGAUGCCAAAGUUCUCCUUAGAGAAAUAUAUUCAAGACAUUAGUGCAAACUCACCUCACCCACAGGUACUGACCAUCAUGACAUCAAUGGUUAACACCAGGAAUCAUUACAUAAAUCUCCCCCUCUGGUAUAUUUUCUUUACACUAGCCAAUCCACUUCCACCAUGGGAAAACCAAAAGAUAUGGACCAUGCUUCUUAAUAUGUCAGAGUUGAACAUCCCAAGUACCUCUUCACCUCUCUAAUUCUCUCUCUUUCUU